AGAAAGCUGAGAGAUCAGAGAGAAGAGAAAAGAGGUGGUGAGAUGAGGAAAUUCUUGUGAAGAAGGGGAUCUGAUCUUUCCUUUUCGCGUUGAAUUCUCUUCUAUAACUUUCUGUGUUUACAAACAUACAUCUGGGAGAAUUAUAUAUACAUAUUUAUAUGUAUAGAGAGAGAGAGAGAGAGAGAGAGAGAGAGCUGUUACUUUCUCUUGAUUUUUGUUUGUGUUCGUGAAAAGUUAAUUUUUGUGAUUCAUUUUCCUAUUUUUUUCCUUUGCCACACCAAUAGCUCCACCUCUAAAGAAAAAUGCAAACCUUGUCUAAUAAUUUCGAAACCUUUCACACCCUUGAGAGUAUAAAGUUUUGAUUUUUAUUUCUGGAUUAUUAUUAUUAUUAUUAUUAUUGUUAUUAUUAUUAUUAUUAUUAAUUUACAUUUUCCCUUUUUCUUUGAAUUUUCUCACAUUCAGAGCAUUAAAUGGUCUUUUGUUCUUUUCUGCAAGAACCCAAUACAAAACAAAAGCACGGAGUUAUCAUACAAAAGAGAAAAACUUAAGAGCAAAGGAGAAAGGGCCUCCUCUCUCUCAUCAAGACUCAGACUUUUGUUCUGGGUUUUCUUCUAAACAGAAUUCCAAACCAGAAAGAAAGAGUUUAUAUAUAUAUAUAGGGAAAGUUCGGUUUUGGUUGAUUUGAGUUUGUGGACGAAGAAGAAGAAGGAAGAGGAAAUAAAUAUUAUCAAUGAGAGCCGGAUUGAGUACGAUCCAACAGACACUAACGCCGGAGGCGGCGAGCGUUUUGAACCACUCGAUCGCGGAGGCGGGUCGUCGAAAUCAUGGCCAAACGACGCCGCUUCAUGUGGCGGCGACGCUACUCGCUUCGCCUUCUGGUUAUCUCAGGCAAGCAUGUAUAAAGUCACACCCUAAUUCAUCGCACCCACUUCAGUGCCGGGCUUUGGAGCUAUGUUUCAGCGUGGCUCUGGAGAGACUUCCCACGGCCCAAAACAUGAGCCCCGGGAUGGAACCACCAAUCUCCAAUGCGCUCAUGGCGGCGCUUAAGCGCGCCCAGGCUCAUCAGCGCCGUGGUUGCCCGGAACAGCAGCAGCAGCCCUUGCUCGCCGUUAAAGUUGAGCUUGAACAGCUCAUCAUAUCGAUACUCGAUGACCCAAGUGUCAGUAGAGUUAUGCGUGAGGCUAGCUUCUCUAGCCCCGCCGUGAAGGCCACCAUAGAACAGUCUUUGAAUUCUUCAGCUGCUGCCGCCGUGACUGCUAAUUCGGCCCCAAUUGGAUUGGGAUUCCGUCCCGGUGUGACUGCCACGGCACCACCAAGUCGGAACUUGUACUUGAAUCCUCGUUUGCAGCAGCAGCAGCAGGGGAGCGCCGCCCAAUCUGCGCAGCAGAGAGGGGAGGAGGUAAAACGGGUUUUGGAUAUACUUGUCCGGACCAAAAAGCGCAACCCGGUUCUGGUCGGUGAUUCUGAGCCAGAGGCGGUGAUGAAGGAGCUCCUUAAGCGUAUUGAGAACAGAGAAUUGGGCGAAGGGUCCCUCCAAAAUGUUCAAAUUAUUCAUUUGGAGAAGGAACUUUCCCCUGAUAGGACUCAAAUACUUGGGAAAAUCAAAGAGUUAAGGGGUUUGGUAGAAUCCCGGAUCGCCAAAUCCAAUGGCGGAGGGGUAAUUCUUAACUUGGGUGACUUGAAAUGGCUGGUGGAGCAGCCUCCGGUGAGCUUGGCAGGAGGUGUACCGACCUCUGGGGCGGUGCAGCAACAACAGAUUGUGUCCGAGGCAGGGCGUGACGCCGUGGCUGAGAUGGGGAAGCUUUUGGCUAUGUUCGGAGAUAACGGCGGCCCCGGACGGCUUUGGCUGAUCGGAACCGCUACUUGUGAGACUUAUUUGAGGUGUCAAGUGUAUCAUACUUCAAUGGAGAAUGAUUGGGAUCUACAGGCUGUGCCAAUUGCUUCCAGAGCUCCUGUUCCGGGAUUGUUCCCCAGCAGGCUUGGGACCAAUGGAAUUCUCAGUAGCUCAGUCGAAUCUUUGUCCCCUUUGAAAAACUUUCCAACAACAAAGCUUGGUCCACCUCGGCGUUUGUCUGAAAAUAUGGAUCCAUCUCGAAGAGGAGGAAGCUGUUGCCCCCAAUGCAAUUCAAAUUACGAACAAGAGUUGUCCAAACUUAUUGCCAAGGAAUCGGAGAGAUCGUCGUCCUCCGAGAUCAAAUCGGAAGCAAACACCACACGGCCGGUGCUUCCUCAAUGGCUGCAGAAUGCUAAAACAUCGGAUCAAACACAGACAAAGAACCAAGAAUUAGUCUUGAAGCAAAAGACUCAGGAGUUGCAAAAGAAAUGGAACGACACAUGCUUGCAUCUUCAUCCUAGUUUCCAUCACCAUCAUCAUCAAGCCCUUGGCUCCGAGAGAUUGGCGCAGAUGACGCCUACGCUGGUGUCGUCUCUUUCGAUGACCAGCUUGUACAAUCAGAACUUGAUCGGGCGCCAACCUUUCCAACCUAAGCUACAAAUGAACAAAAGCUUAGGUGAAACUUUGCAAUUGAAUACAAACCCAGUUGUGCUUUCAAGCCAACAGUCACAAGAGAAAACAGUUUUGCCACCAGGAAGCCCUGUUAGGACUGAUUUGGUUCUUGGUCAAACAAAAGUCAACGGUGUCACAACAGAGCAAACUCAUAAAGAGAGGAUCAAUGAUUUUCUUGGGUGCAUUUCUUCCGAACAAGAGAACAAGUUCGUUGAUAUCCCAAGAGAUGACAAGGUUGCUUGUAAAUUAGAUGCAGACUCCUUCAAAAGACUCUCAAAGAGUUUGGCGGAGAAGGUCUGGUGGCAGCCCGAGGCGGCGGUCAGUGUGGCGGCUACUAUGACGGAAUGCAAGUUGGGCAACGGUAAGCGCCGUGGUGCAGGGUCGAAAGGUGACAUGUGGCUGCUUUUCAUUGGGCUAGACAGGGUCGGGAAGAAGAAGAUGGCGUCUGCUGUUUCGGAACUGGUUUCUGGAUCAAGUCCCGUGAUGAUCAGCCUCGGUUCGAGGCGGAGAGAUGGGGAGUCUGAGAUGAGUUUCAGAGGUAAAACAGUGGUGGAUAGAAUUGCUGAGGCGGUUCGGAGGAACCCCUUAUCGGUGAUCGUUUUGGAAGACAUUAACGAAGCUGAUAUGCUUGUUCGAGGGAGCAUUAAGCGGGCGUUGGAGAGAGGCCGUAUGACUGAUUCUCACGGUCGUGAAAUCAGUCUUGGAAAUGUUAUCUUUAUCCUCACGGCAGAAUGGUUACCGGAGAAUCUCAAGUACUUGUCCAAUGGCGAGUCCAUAAACGAAGAAAAACUCGCCGGGAUAGCAAAAAAGGCAUGGAAGCUGAGACUUUCAGCCUCUGUAAGGACCUCAAAACGACGAGCUCAUUGGCUCGACGACGAUCGAAGACCGACGAAGCCAAGGAUGGAGACGAACUCAAUGGCGUUUGAUCUCAACGAGAUGGCAGCCGGCGAUGCCGAUGAUGAUAAAGCAGACGGGUCGCAUAAUUCAAGCGAUUUAACGAUCGAUCACGAAGAUAAUGAAUGUGGCCUCAUCAUCAACAACAACAGAAGACCGUCAUUGGUCGGCGGAGCCUCGUCGAUGCCACGGGAAUUACUCGAAGCAGUAGACGACACCAUUGUUUUCAAGUCUGCUGACCCGCACGCCAUGCGCAGCGGCAUCACCAACUCCAUAGCCAAGCGAUUUUCCGCCGUUGUCGGAGAUGGGUUUUCGUUAGAAGUGGAUGAAGACGCGACGGAGAAGAUCUUGAGCGGUGUGUGGACUGGCCGGACGAGUUUAGAGGAAUGGACUGAGAAAGUCCUUGUUCCGAGCUUCGACGAGCUGAAGUCAACCCUUUCCGGGUCAACAACGGACGAGUCGAUGGUCGUUAGACUCGAAGCCGAAUGCGAGUCCGACCACGGCGGAGUUGGCGGCGACGGGAGAGAAAAUUGGCUUCCCAUUGGCGUCAAAGUGGUGGUGGCUGCCGAUGCCUGAAGCGAUGGCAUAUGGGCAAAAUUGGUAUUUUGCUAUUUUGUUUGGAUAGAAAUGUAAAUAUGGUCAACUGUUUGGCGGGUAGUCAAAGUACAUUUGGAAAAGUCAAGAGAGAAAAAAAAAACCGUUAUAAGAGGGAAAAAAAAAGACAAAAGAGACACGUUUGGAUUAAAAACUCAAACCAAACAGUCCCUCUCUUCUUCUUCUUCUUCUUUUUUUGGGUAAAUUUAAAUAGAUUAUUAAUUAAUUUCUUUCUUUUUUUCUUUAAUGUUAAAAAAUUAUAGUGUUUAAUAGUGAUUAAAAAUAUUUAUUAAUUACGUGGAACGUUGAUUAAUAAGAUGAGGCAUUUAUUUCUUUCUU